CGACGAUCAACUCCACUGCCCACUUCUUUCGCAUUCGACACUGGACAGCACAGAGAAGAGUCACCAAACAGAGUCCAGAUCACUGCUGCGCCUCACCAACGCCACUGCUUGCGUGAUCCUAGCGCGCCAGCGUCAUAGGCCAGCCUGUUGAUUGGAACCAAGCCGGCAUAAGCCUGCCGAGACCACAGAUAAGGAGUUACCGCCGCCUCACUUCGAGGCUUGUUCACCUCAGGUACUCUUCGUGCACUUUCGCACACCCACAGCUCACGCAACUCGCAACACCACAUCAACCGAUGGGAGAACCCGACGAUCCUUCUUUACCGCGCAGUGUCAAGUCCAAGACUGCUGCUGCACUUGGCUUCGGGCGCAACAAGGACAACAACCAGCCUGUCCUCCCCACGGCCAACAGCCACAUUUCCCCCACGCGUGCUGGCUCCAACACCAGCACCCUCAACAACGAGAAGCGCGACGCAACCCACCACAAUGCAGACGGUGAACUCAAUACCCAGGGAGAUGGAGCUUCGUCUCCCGCCCUAGAGGCUGCUCCCAAGGAGCCGCUCGUCACCCGCAUGAAGAACGGCUCGAUUCGCUUCCUCCUCCACACCAAAAAUGCCUUGACACACAGCUGGAUCAACGUUCUGCUCGUGUUCGUACCUCUCGGUAUCGUCGUCAAGGUCAUCGGCCUCAAGGCCGAGAUUGUUUUCUCCAUGAACGCCAUUGCCAUUAUUCCACUUGCUGGUCUUUUGGCGCACGCGACCGAAGUCGUCGCUGAGCGUGUUGGAGACACCCUUGGUGCACUGCUCAACGUUUCAUUUGGAAAUGCUGUUGAGCUUAUCUUGUUCAUCAUCCUGCUUGCUUCGAACCAGAUCGAGGUUGUCCAGGCUUCGUUGCUGGGAUCCAUCCUCGCAAACUUGCUGCUUAUCCUUGGCAUGGCCUUCCUGCUUGGAGGUCUCAAAUACCAGGAACAGGUCUACAACAGCACAGUCACCCAGAUGAGCGGUGUCAUGCUUGCCUUGGCCGUCAUGAGCUUGCUUCUGCCCACUGCAUUCCACGCUGCAUUUUCAGACAACGCCAUUGCUGACCACGAGACACUCUAUGUCAGCCGCGGCACCAGUGUCAUCUUGUUGCUCGUCUACGGUCUCUACCUGCUCUUCCAGCUGAAGAGUCAUCGCUACUUGUACGCCAGCACUCCUCAGCAUAUCAUCGACGAGGAAUCGCAUCCUGGUGUUCUUGCGGGCGCCUUCGACUCUUCUAGCUCCUCAUCGUCAAGCAGCUCUAGCUCUGACGACAGCGAUGGCUCUUCGCACUCUUCCGGCACCCUCCAGCGCAAGGCAAAGCGUAUGGUACGCAAGCUCCGCCGCAAGUCCAGUGCCAGUUCCAAGGAUGGCCUGUCUGCCUUGGCUGGCGUCGAGGGCUCCCAGAAGGGAAGCGUUGACAGGAACGCCAGCACUGGCAGCUCGGCCCCGCGUCAAUUCGACGAACCCAUCAUGAGCGGCGACGAGGCCGACGAUGACGUCAACGCACCUCGCGUUCGUGACUUCGAAGUCGCUUCGCAUGCCUCCGUCGCCCACACUAAGCGCGAAAAGCGUAAGCAUAAGAGCAAGAGGAAGCAUCGCCGCGAGGAAGCGACCGUCGAAGAGAACGGAGCGGAGCCACAGCCCAAGCCUAAGGUUGUCUUUUCCACGGAGGUGCAGCAGGGUGAUGCUGCACCGGUCACCGGACGCCGACCUUACCGACCUGCUCUGCCUUCGCUGCUCUCCAACAACGUCUUCUCGAACCCACAGAACCUGGCUCCGGUUGGCGGACCUGCACCCAACAUUCGUAUGGCCGCCCCAAGGGACCUGCGCCGUACCAGGUCUCUUCCUGAGCACAUGGAUCGUACACAGUCGCAAUACAGCACUAAUAAUGCCAAUGCACCCGCCCCCCUUCAGCAAGCCGCCAUCGUCCACGACGAAGACGAUGAACAUCACCCGGACAUGUCCAUCAAGGCUGCCAUUUUCAUGUUGCUCAUCAGCACUGGUCUCGUUGCCAUCUGCGCUGACUUUAUGAGCGAUGCUAUCGAGCCCAUGGUCGAGACUUCAGGUAUCAGCCAGGCCUUCAUCGGUCUCAUCAUCCUGCCAAUCGUUGGUAAUGCUGCUGAGCACGUUACUGCUGUCUCUGUCGCCAUGAAGAACAAGGUCGAUCUGGCAAUCGGUAUCGCCGUUGGCUCCUCAAUCCAAAUCGCCAUCUUCAUUACCCCUGUCAUCGUCAUCCUCGGCUGGAUUAUGGGCAAGCAGAUGACCCUUUACUUCAACAUUUUCGAGACUGUCGCGCUGUUUGUCACAGUUCUCGUUGUCAACUUCUUGGUGCUAGACGGCAGGAGUAACUAUCUUGAGGGUAGUCUGCUCAUCGCCGCCUACGUCAUCAUCGCUCUUUCGAGUUUCUUCUACCCUGACGGCUGCGAUGCAUCUGCUAUUGGUGGUAACGAGACAGCUUGCACAUCAAACACUGUCGCUCAUGCUGCGCAGAUGGUCAGACGUUUGGCCGGUUACUAGUUCAGCAAUAUCUCGGCUUCAAAAGCCUUGAUGCUGGCUACGAUGCACACGAACAUCGACGAUGCUGGCAUCCAACUUGCACAUUGCACGAUUCAGGAGCUUGAGCAGGUGAAGUGCUCGCUCCGGUGAUUACAAUCACCCAUGAUUUACUGUCUUUCUCGAAUACGGAUAUCAUAUCCAGUAGUUUAUUAAGUAUCACAUCCGUGAUAGAAAUAAUGAAGCACAUCGUAAUGCUCACAAUCGUGACUAACUGCACUGUGAUCGCGAUGUAUCUACCACGCCUAAAAGUCAGCCCCGCCCUAGCGACAUAUCCGGGGCUCCCGAAGCAGGAAGGUGGGAAGGACACAUACACAAUGACUAAG